UACUGUGGAUCGAGAAUGUCAAAAGUGUGUUUGAAACUGGCGUGUCUCUUUCACACGAGACCGCCUUUUCGUCGACGUGAAGUCGCCGCGUAUCCCUCCCCAUCGUUUUUCUUUAGACGCGAUAAAAGCCCGCUGUCAUUGCCGGCAGCCAGUUACAACUUGUUGUUACGUCGCUACGAAGCGUCGACACACGCGUACGCAAUAGACAAUCGUCGCAGCACCGCGUUAACUCCUCCCGGAGCGUUUUCGAUUAGACACUACAACCGCACGAGAAAACCUACCGACAAGAUGUCUUGCCCGGUUAGAGAUCCGGCGUCGGAGCAGCUCAACGAUUACAGGAAGAAAGUCAAGGAGGCACCUGUAUUGUUGACCGCAAAUGGAGCACCCAUUGCGGAGAAGAAGGCUACUCUGACAGCCGGUCCUCGUGGGCCUGUUUUACUGCAGGACUUCGUUUACUUGGAUGAAAUGUCGCAUUUCAACAGAGAGAGAAUUCCGGAACGAGUCGUGCAUGCCAAGGGAGCCGGCGCGUUUGGCUACUUCGAAGUUACGCACGACAUCUCCAAGUAUUGUAAAGCUAAGGUGUUUUCCAACAUCGGAAAGAGAACGCCCAUUGCUGUAAGAUUCUCCACUGUUGGUGGCGAGAGCGGUUCUGCUGAUACAGUCAGAGAUCCUCGUGGAUUUGCCGUGAAGUUUUACACUGAGGAAGGUAUUUGGGAUCUCGUCGGCAACAAUACGCCGAUCUUCUUCAUCAAGGAUCCGCUUUUCUUCCCAAGUUUUAUACAUACGCAAAAGAGAAAUCCCGCGACGCACUUAAAGGAUGCUGACAUGUUCUGGGACUUUAUCUCCCUCAGACCAGAAUCAACGCAUCAAGUCAUGUUCCUCUUCGGCGAUCGUGGCAUUCCCGACGGAUAUCGCCAUAUGAACGGCUACGGUUCUCACACGUUUAAGCUGGUUAACAGCAAAAACGAGAUGGUCUACUGCAAAUUCCACUACAAGACUAAUCAAGGAAUCAAGAAUCUCCUCGCGGAGAAAGCAGCUGAGAUCAGUGCUUCUGAUGCCGAUUACUCGAUCAGGGACCUUUACAACGCCAUCGCCAAGGGCCAGUAUCCAUCCUGGACGCUGUACAUUCAAGUGAUGACUGCUGAACAAGCCAAGACCUUCAAGUGGAAUCCGUUUGACUUGACAAAGAUAUGGUCGCACAGUGAGUAUCCGCUGAUACCAGUAGGCAAAUUAGUGCUGGAUCGCAAUCCUGAGAACUAUUUUGCCGACGUGGAGCAAAUAGCUUUCGAUCCGGCGCAUAUGGUACCCGGUAUCGAGCCGAGUCCUGAUAAAAUGUUGCAGGGUCGACUUUUCGCUUAUGGCGACACUCACCGACAUCGUCUGGGUCCGAAUCAUCUUCAAUUGCCGGUGAAUUGCCCGUACAAGGCAAUAUCCGCAAUGCACUAUCAACGGGACGGUAACAUGGCGAUAUACAAUCACGGUGGAGCGCCAAAUUAUUUCCCGAACAGUUUUUCCGGCCCACAAGAGUGUCCGGCGGCUCGUUCUCCGCUGUUCCAGGUGACGGGGGACGUAGUAGACCGUUACGAUCCCGUAGAUGAAGACGACUUCGGCCAGGUCACCAUCUUCUGGAAGAAGACUCUCGACGAGCCUGCCAGAGAGAGAUUGGUGCAAAACAUGGUCGCGAGUCUGCACAACGCCUCUACGUUUAUCGUCGAGCGAGCUGUGCGAAACUUCGCUCGUGUGGACGUCGAUCUCGCUCAGAGAUUGACGGACGGCUUGCGCAAGAGCGGAAUUCAAAUCAAUGCCCUCGGAAAAUCGGCUAAUCUUUGAAAAGAAUGUAUUCGUUUUUUGUAACAAUGUAUCUUACUUUGAACUAAUUGAACGCGUUUGUCAAAUUGUCUUAUGGAAAACAUUUCUUUUCUCGCAAUAAAUUUAAAUAUAUCGUUCUAAAAGUUUAAGAUAACACUAACAUGUGUAAUAUAUAUAAUUUUAUGAGGUGUUGGUGUGAUAAAUUAUCGAUGUCUUCAAGAUAACUUCUAUAAAGAAAAAAAUUGAAAAAAAAAAGUGUAUAUAUAUAUACAUAUAUUAAUAUUGCCUAACUUUUAUGAAAACACAGAUACAACGAUUAUUGAUGUUGACUUGGUAUACAACUAUUUUUUAGAAUUUGUGCUACUUCUUUUGUUUUGAAAGAAAUACGUUUAUGUAUGUGUGGAAGACUUAUAUAAAUAAAAACGUUUAAAUCA